CCCACACACAACAAAAGUAUAUAUCCCUUGCCCGCCCACACUGCCCUCAUGCGAAAAGUCCACGGCGCCAGACUCGCCCACUGAUUUCUGCGCCGAAUAUGGGAAUUCAGCGUUUCGGUCUCCGCAUGAGAGACUACGCGACGAAAACCACGCUGGGAACCAUAACGAAAUCAUCAUCGUCGGCUGGCCAGCAACAGCAAACUCCGCCGCAGAAGAACAUUGCCAUAAUUGACGGACCGGGUCUGACACAUUAUAUUUACUACAAUCUUUGCGAUUCGUCCUCGUCUUCAUCGUCGACAACAACCACAAGUUCGGCAAUAACAUAUGACUCUUGCGCAAAAGCAACGAUCGCGUGGCUGGAUAAAUUGAUAGAGUAUGGAUUCAAAAUAGACUCUAUCUUCUUCGACGGAGCGCUUCCAGCAGCCAAAAAAGAUGUCCGAAUCGAUCGUCUACAGAACUACAUUGCGCGACUUCAAGCUUUCAAGCAGUCCUCAGGCACAAGUCUAUCGUCUCUGAGUGGCUCUGCCAAGAAGAGCUUACCGCCACCUCCUUUCUUGGUGUUUGCUGUAGUCGAAGAGCUCGUCCGCAGUACACAGUACGCGAACCUAACGUACGUGGUUCCUGGCGAAGCAGACCCCUAUUGCGUUGCUGCUGCACAAGCUAUUCCCGAGGACGAUGAUUCGAAGAUCACGAUAUUCUCUGAUGAUGCAGAUUUGAUCGUGUACGAGGCGUGCAAACGCACGAGAGUGGUGCCGUUUCGUGAUCUCUCGGAGGCUGAAGUCGGCGGGAUGAUGGUUUUGCAAGGUGAUGAGUAUCGGCCUACGGAGAUCAUCGAGCGAAGAAAAUCGUUGUCCGGAUCGAGCCUAAUCAAGCCUGCGUUUUUCAUGUCGAUAGACUAUUAUUGCAGCCUGGAAAAGGCUUCGCGGCUCUCCACGGGCGCCGACCUGGACGAUCGCGACGAGUUCAAAGCAUUCGCUCGGCAAUUUGAGACCGUUGAAGAGGUACAGAUGCUAGCUCGUGUGCGUCAAGAUCCCGACUUGAAGAAGGCGUUGACGGCUCGCGAUUCCCGAAUAUCAGAGUUGUUCCACCAGGCGAAAUCGCAUGCUCGAGGUGAGACUACUGGACCAAUAAGGGCCUAUUUGCCCUUCGUGAUGGACGAUCCGACUCGAGCGACAGCAUUGGGCGUCGGACUCGACAUCCGUCUGCUUGGCUAUUCGAUACUACUGCAGAGUCAGCAGGACACCAAUGUGCAGGAGUACAGAAGAAGUGGGGCGAGAAUAUCGGCGACACUACUGGAUUUGCUGACUGGCGACGAGCUUGCCUCUGCUACAUCGCGGCUUGCAACAAGUGUCAGUAGCACGCUCGAGGAGACUGCGCUUGAGCUUCGCCUGCGUCGGGAUGAUGCAUGGCGAUAUCUGAUUCUUCAGCAUGUGGUGGCUCAUUUCCGCAGCGAGGGAGUUUCAAUGCCGACAGCAGACGAGGCUGUACAUAUCGUGCUCAAUAGAGAGCCACGCAAGUGGCAGGUGCUGCAUCUAGCAGCACAGUACCAAGCAGCGUACUAUUCGUUUCGAAUGCUUCAGCAACUGCUUGCUGAUGUGGCAACGAGUGAUGGGGCGCAAGCGACACUGCGACGACAUCUGCAAAGCCUGCCGCGCAUUGCGGUGUUCUUCAACGAUGGAGAAGGCUCAGAUCGCAGACACGAGCAGCAGAUGUGGCGAGAAGCAUUGAGGGUAUUGUUCUUGUCGUUUGUCGAGGAGGAACACGAGGAUCAAGGUGACCGCAAGCAGGCCAAAUCGCGGAAACGGGCGAAGAAGGCGCACCAGAAGCAGGCAGACGGUGCUGGUUUGGCGAAGAAUCCGUUCGCCAUGCUUGUCGAUUGAGAGCCUUUGCGCAGGGUUCGAGUUGCAAACAAAGAAGUGAGGAUUCCCCGACGCAUUUGGCAGAGCAAAUCGGUAGUAGUGAGACUCGACGGGAGUUGCGCAGUCGGUCGGUCAGGAAGCAGCGCUAGUGGCUUGAACGGCUGCACUUCCAGCGGAGGCUGCGUCUGGCUGCGCGCUGGCCAGAGUCAGGCGGGCAGGCGGGAGAGAGUAAGGCCGAGAGAUGCGCGCAGGACAUGAUAGAUGUUGCAAUGGCCUGUCGCGCUGGAGCUGCGAAUUGGCGCGCGUUGUUGUGGAGAUGAAGGCAGAAGCAGAGGGUGCGCGUGCGGGAAGGGAACUGGAGUGGACGGAGCUGUGUUGUCAGCUGCAGGAGGGCUGUGGGUGACGGGCUACAUGCGGGCGCGGCCUGCUGUCGUGCCCGGAGUGAUGCAAGUCGCGCGUGUACGCGACAAUGCCAACUGCGCGCAACACUGAGAACGUUGUAGUGAGGGAGUCAACAAUAGAUGUAGAGAUGAAUGCAGAUGGUAUUCCAUCAACAGCGCCUG